AUGUCAGCAUCGCAGUCCUCGAUGAGCGGCGCCGGGGAGCCGGGGAUGCGGACGGUGGUCUGGUUCAGGCGAGACCUGCGUGUGGAGGACAACCCGGCGCUGGCGGCAGCCGCUCGGACGGCCGGGGAGGUCGUGCCGGCGUACGUGUGGGCGCCCGAGGAGGACGGGCCGUACUACCCCGGCAGGGUGUCCCGGUGGUGGCUCAGCCAAAGCCUCAAGCACCUGGACGCCUCGCUACGCCGGCUCGGCGCCGGCCGCCUCGUCACCCGCCGCUCCAACGACGCUGUCGUCGCGCUGCUCGACCUCGUCCGCAGCACCGGCGCCACGCACCUCUUUUUCAACCACCUCUACGACCCGCUGUCGCUGGUCCGGGACCACCGCGUGAAGGAGCAGCUGACGGCCGAGGGCAUCUCUGUGCAGUCCUUCAACGCUGAUGUGCUGUACGAGCCGUGGGAGGUCCUCGACGACGACGGCUGCCCCUUCACCAUGUUCGCUCCAUUCUGGAACAGGUGCCUGUGCAUGCCGGACCCCGCCGCACCACUUCUGCCGCCCAAGAGGAUCAAUUCAGGUGACUUGUCGAGGUGUCCGUGGGACGAGCUGAUCUUUGAAGACGAGUCCGAGAGGGGCAGCAACGCGCUGCUUGCGCGGGCGUGGUCACCAGGGUGGCAGAAUGCUGACAAGGCACUGACGGCCUUCCUCAACGGUCCGCUGAUGGACUACUCCGUGAACCGCAAGAAGGCCGACAGUGCCAGCACGUCCCUGCUGUCUCCGUACCUGCACUUCGGCGAGCUCAGCGUCCGCAAGGUCUUCCACCAGGUCCGGAUGAAGCAGCUGAUGUGGAGCAACGACGGCAACCACGCUGGCGAGGAGAGCUGCACCCUAUUCCUCCGCUCCAUCGGCCUGCGGGAGUACUCGAGGUACCUCACCUUCAACCACCCCUGCAGCCACGAGAAGCCCCUUCUGUCGCACCUCAGGUUCUUCCCCUGGGUCGUCAAUGAGGUGUACUUCAAGGUUUGGAGACAAGGGAGGACUGGCUACCCUCUUGUCGACGCUGGCAUGAGGGAGCUCUGGGCCACCGGGUGGGUCCAUGACCGGAUACGUGUCGUCGUCUCUAGCUUCUUUGUCAAGGUACUCCAGCUGCCAUGGCGCUGGGGGAUGAAGUACUUCUGGGACACCUUGCUGGAUGCUGACCUUGAGAGUGACGCACUAGGCUGGCAGUACAUUUCUGGGUCUCUCCCUGAUGGCCGUGAGCUUGACCGCAUUGACAACCCUCAGUUUGAAGGGUACAAGUUUGAUCCGCACGGGGAGUACGUACGGCGAUGGCUACCGGAGUUGGCGAGGCUGCCAACGGAAUGGAUACACCACCCCUGGGAUGCACCUGAGUCUGUGCUUCAGGCUGCAGGAGUUGAGCUAGGCUCCAACUACCCACGCCCCAUUGUUGAGUUAGAUGCUGCCAAUUCCAGGUUGCAGGAUGCCCUGUCAGAGAUGUGGGAGCUUGAGGCAGCCUCUCGUGCUGCGAUGGAGAAUGGAAUGGAAGAAGGCCUCGGUGAUUCCACAGAUGAGCCGCCGAUCGACUUCCCUCAAGAAUUACGGAUGGAAGUGGACAGACAACCGGUUCAACCUGCUAUCCACACACCGGCAGUGGCUGGUCGGAGACGAGAAGAUCAGAUGGUGCCUAGCGUGACUUCCUCAUUCAUUAGAGCUGAAACCGAACUUACUGCAGAUUUUGGCAACACCAGCGAGGACAGUAGGCCAGAAGUGCCGUCAAACAUUCAUUUGCAGGCUCGGGUGGAGAGGGAAGAAACAGUUGACGGUGGCACUGGCAAUACUGUCAGGAUGAAUGGCAACCAUCAGCAGCAGAAUCUUCAGAACAACAUGCACCGUGUGCUAGGUAUUGCUCCAUCAGUUUCAGAGGCAUCGAGCAGCUGGACGGGCAGGGAAGGUGGAGUGGUACCGGUCUGGUCACCUCCGGCAGCUUCAGUACAUUCUGAUCCUUAUGCUGCCGAUGAGGCUGACAUUUCCAGACAACAGGGUGGGAAGUGGAUAAUUAGUGUUGUGUGUCCGGAUUUAAUUGUUUUUGGUGAUGUGAUAGUCAACAUAGAGGGGUGUUCUCAGUUUGGUAGACAUAGAACUUACCUGCUAUCUGUGAGGACUCAAAGGGAACAUCUUGGCAGUCAUAUAAAUAAUCAGUACAAUACCUGCUUCUGGAUGUUGGUGAAGUCUGGAAAAAGUGAACAAGAGCUUCAGAUAGCUUUGAAGGGAACAUUUGCAAAGGACAAGAAUGAGCUGCUUGCUCAACAAUUCCAAAUAAACUAUGACGAUGAACCGGCUAUGUUCCGCAAAGGAUGUAGUGUUUACCGAGAGAAGGUAGAAACAGCUGUGAAGAUUGAUGACUACGGGGAACCCAUAAAAAGACUAAGAUUGCAAGUUACAACUGCGCAUGUUGAUAUCAUAGGGCCUGAGUUUUGGAAAAACCAUCAGCAGAUUCUUCGAGAAGGAAAUUUUUUGCGUUGGUUUGUAAAGAAAUCUGGCAUCAAUCACAUCUUUUGUCCUUGUAAUUGGAUCGUUGUUCGCAUCAAGGCUUGCCAAUUUGAUCAGUAA